AUGGAUAGCAAUGUUGUACCGCCAGUGCCUGGUACGGCCAAUUCCAUCAUUUCGUCGUGGCGCACGAAGGCGUCCGAUAAAGAAGCGAUUGCCGCUGGAGUGGCUCAAGCCAAAGAUGCCAUGAAGCGCUGGGGAGCAAAUUGGAGCGCCCGGCGAAAGAUUGACGAAGACGUCAGCUCGCCUCCACAAGAUGACGGCCAGUCUUUACCCUCCUCCACGAGCGAUCCGACUUUGGGCAAGGUGGCUGAUGGCUCGUACCGAGAUUAUCGAGCAAGUAAGUCGACCGCGGCCCGCGGGGGUGAAUAUUUCCACCCUGUUUCGACGGCGGGUUCAGCACCUGUCGCCAUUGUGGGAGACGGUUCGAUUUCGGUCGAGAACGGUGAUGGAGGCCGAGCGAAGAAGAAUUCAUUGACCUCUUCCCCUUCAAAGACGCACUUCACCCCUGCCGCCUCAUCCCCGACGACCAAAAUCUCUGCUGUCGCUACGUUAGCCGCCGGAUCCCCAACAGAACCGAUUCCUCGCCCACUGCCUACCACGACACACAAAUCACCUACAUCUCCCCCGAACGCACCAGCUCGUGUUUACAAGCCAGCGACAAUGAUGGCGAUUCCUGGGAUCCGAGACGAUGCCAAAAGGAAGGCGAUUGCUGCGGAUCACAUGGCCGCACCUGCACCAGCUCCGGAAGCUGCAGCAGCGGUUGUGCCGCCGCCUUCCACAUCGCCGAACACUGCUGCUGUAAUUGGCGCAUCGGAAACAUCGAGUGAUGCAGUUCCGUUUGGGCCACCGCCAUCUAUCUCGGACCGGUCCGAGAAGCCAGGCACCACUGAACUCGAGCCGCUGACAGCAACCAGCACAGCAGCACGACCGACCACCUCACCGCCACCACUCGCGGCGGAUGUUACAACGCCCGAAAUGGAGACGAAGCUCAUCGACAAACCCAAGCCACCGAUCCCCGCGAGGCCCCAUACGACCGAAGCAACCUCGAACGAGGAAGAAUCUGCACCCGACCCUGGGACGGACGACGGAUCGACGCAGGAGAGCGGCGGUCUUCUUCCUGCCGCUCCAAUCGAAGCUACAUCAACUCCCUCGAUCACGGCCUCAAGACCGGCAUGGAUACGGAAUGACAAGCCCAAUUCAGAGCCUGCGUCGCAUGCACAAAUCAACACGUCCUCAGAAGCCGUUGCCGAGGAUGAAACAGCCGAUGAAGCGGGCUGGGGCUUGGAGUCAGGCAGAGCCCAGAGUUGA